CUCGUCUACAAGGGCAUCGUCUCGGCUCCUGAUGCACGAGCUGUGACGUUCAACCUAUCACCAGGACUGCCCACUAUGCCCAUCUGCGUACACUGCGAUUACCCAGCUCAGGCCGUCUAUACGGUUUACCAGUCCGUCCGCAACACUCGACUCGAACUGUGCGCCCGUUGUUCCCGCUUCACAGACCCCCUUAUCGAACAUCCUUUGGUCUUGAUCCUGCUGGACCUCGUCUUGCUCAAACCGAGGGUUUUUAGGCAUUUGGUUUUUAAUCGGGACGCUCCACCUAGGCGGGCUGGAGCUGGGAAGGAGAGGGAUACAGAGGGUAGGCGUGUGAGUCGGGGCGGGGAGAAAGAGGUCGACCGGAGUCGAAUCAUCUGGCAGACCAUCCUCCGCCUGGGCCUGAUCGUCACCCUGGUCGAAUCCCUGGUCCUGUAUCGCCAGACCUACCCGUCAGCUAUACCCGGCGGCAGUAACGAUGAGGACGGAUCGCCAGUGUUCAUUGGAGAUGUUUGGCUUGAAGAGCUCGGAAAGCUGUUGACGGUCGGCAUGGUCACCCUGGUAGGCAAUAUCGGGCAACAUCUGACGACGACCUGGAUCUCGUACAUGUUUUUACGUCGGAUAGGAUGGCUACCACAGAGGUCUGGUCAUACCUCUAGAGGGAAGCCAAACGAGAUGGCUGGCAAGGAGACUGGGUCAGUAGGCGGAACGCUUGGAUGGGGAAAGGAUGGCAGGAGGCGGGAUUUCAGAGUGCCGAUGAUCUCCCUGACACUGCUAUACGCCUCGGUCCUACCGCUCUGUCUCCAUCUCGUGCUUCUCGUCUGGCCACCCAUCAUCGCUUCACAUCCCGAUUCAUUCCUCUACAUCCCUCGCUCGUUACCGCUACCUACCUGGUUGGGACCGCUAGCCACGACGAUGCAGAGGGAAAAGAUUGACGAGAUGUGGAUCUCGACGCACUUGUUGAGCGGGAUGAGCAGCGGGUUGGCAUUGAGAGUUCUGCUACCGACGAGACCAUGGGCGACGAUGGUCGCCGUCUUGGGCGGGUGGAUCGUCAAGGCUGGGGUGCAUGCCGGGUUGACAAUGUCGGUGUCAUAGCGAUGACGUCUUGGGGUUCUCGGACGUUGUGACGUACAUGGGAAGGUUACGGGUUGUAAAGGGAGCGACAAAUGUCACGUGAUCUCUCGAAUUCCGAGUCAACCGCGACGCCGACCACGAUCGAAACGUCACAGAUCUAGAGUGCGGGAAAAAGUGUGGGACACCAUGUACAUCAUGUAUGCAAACAAGC